UCAUGAGCUUGCACGGAACAUUCACGUGGCUCUUUGUGUUCGUAAGCCAGGCAGCUGACUUUCUUCCUGCCGUGGGCGAAGACAUGGAGUUGGAAGCUCGACUAACACCGUGCGAGUUAAUAGUAUAUCAAGGCUACCCCUGCGAGACCACCUAUGCAACAACAGAGGAUGGCUACAUACUCCAAGUGGACAGGGUUCCAUAUGGCAUCCACGACAACGUCUCCAACGCAGAGCGAGGAAACCGGACUUCAAUACGCCAACCCGUGCUGUUAGUGCCUGCAUUGUUCACCGGGUCAGACCUUAACUUCCUCAACUUUCCCUGGCAGAGCCCAGGCAAGUGCCGGUUUGCUUAUAUUGCGUCAGUGAAUGUGUUGUUAUUGUCGCGUUGCAGUGCCAGGUUUUGUCCUAAAUCUGGACAAAGUCCAUUGCUGAAGCAAAAGCUUAUGCUUUCUUUCACAUUCGCAGGAUUCUUGUUUGCCGACAAUGGUUUUGACGUCUGGGCCAUGAACCCGAGAGAGGCCAAGACGUACACAAGUCAUAUCACACUGUCCCAUCAUGAUCCAGACUUCUGGAAAUUUAGUUUUGACGAAAUGGGGCGCUACGACUUGGCAACUUGCAUCGACCACGUUCUGAACGCCACCGGUGUUACCAAGCUAACAAUAGUGGCGUUUUCCCAAGGAUUCCUCGCAAACCUCGUUCUUCAUUCAGUCAGGCCCGAGUACAGCGAAAAGGUCAACCUUCUUGUAGCCUACGGCCCCGUCGCCAAUAUCACCCAUAUACAGCCUCCGUUCGGCUGGCUAAUGCCGAUGAUUCCCAUACUUGAGCCCAUUGUGUACCCGCUCACCGAUGCAGGGUUUCUGGGUACGUCUGCAGGACUGCGGGACCUUAUUUCGGCAGCAUGCAAGUUAAUGGGUAACAUCCUCUGUGCCGCUACCUUCACGAUAACCGCAUUUACAAGUCCGGAACAAUUCAACCAGGUAAGGGUGAAGAACACAUGA